UUGUUAAACGGUUGAUAAAAUCCCUGAAGACGGGUAUUGCAGUAAAUAGCCGUUGGAGGAGCAGAGCAGAGGAGGCUGAGAAGCGCGCUCUCUCUGUCUGUCUCUCUGAGUAGUGGCCAUGGAGACACUGAAAUCGGCGGUUCCAGAAACCCUAAAGCGGAUGAUCGGAGAGAGCACUCCAUCUGAUCUUCCUCUCACUUGUUCUUCUCUGCUCGACUUUCUUCUUCAGUUCAACCCUUUUCACCAUAUGGUGGAAGAUUUGGCGGAGCCGGAAAGGGGUUUGUGUGGUAAGAACAAGGACGAGGCUUUAAAGUUGAAGAAGAAAGGCAACCAGUUCUUCUUGGCCGGGGACUGUGCAAAUGCUUUGGCUUCGUAUUCCCAGGCAUUGCGAGUUGCUCCUAUGGAUGCUGAUGAUAUGGACAAAAAUCUGGUUGCCACUUUGUAUAUGAAUCGGGCUUCCGUUUUCCAUAAAAUGAAUCUUCUGGCAGAGUGCCUACGAGAUUGCGACCGUGCUCUUCAAAUUUCUCCAAGCUAUGCCAAGGCAUGGUACAGAAGAGGUAGGGCAAAUGCUUCUUUGGGAAAUUAUGAAGAUGCAAUACAUGACUUGAAUGUUGCUAAGAUUGUGGAGUCAUCAUUGAGUGGAAAGCGACAGAUAGAAAGUGAGUUGAAGACAAUUUUAGAUGGAUAUAAUAAUACAAUAAAUUCACCAGCACAGCAUACGGAAGACACGUUGAAUAUUUUGGAUGAAUCACACCAAAUAGAAUUACAAUGUGUCACUACACCAGACAAAGGAAGGGGUAUGGCCUCAAAGAAUGAUAUUCCUCCAGCCUCAUUGAUUCAUACUGAAGAACCUUUUGCAGCGAUAAUAUUAAAGCAAUGCCGGGAAACUCAUUGCCAUUACUGUUUUAAUGAACUAUCAGCUGAUAAAGUUCCCUGUACAUCAUGCUCAAUACCACUGUACUGCUCCAAGUAUUGUCAAUUACAAGCAGGGGGGGUAUCAUUCCAGCAUAACCCAAAGAAUCACGACAUUCAGGAGAAUCUGUCUAGCAAUCUUGAAAAGCAUGUUGCAAAGGUCACUUUAGUAGCUGAUUCAGAAAGAGACACCAAGCAAAUUCCUGAACAUAAGCAUGAAUGUCAAGGAGUAAACUGGCCUGCAAUAUUGCCACCUGAGAUAGUUUUGGCUGGUCGAUUAUUAGUGAAGUCUAUAAUAGAAAGAGGAGGAUCCUUGGAUAAUGCUAAUUUUAGGCAAAUCGUGGAUCUUUCUCACCAUUAUUCAACAAUGCCUCCUGAAAGCAAAUUGGAGUUACAUAUAUAUAGCAUCGUACUGUUAAGCUGUCUUCGGUAUUUUAAAGGAUUUGAGCUUAAGAUAAAUGGGUUCUCUAUAGAACAGGUUGUCAUACUUGUUUCUCAAAUUAGGGUGAACUCUAUGACAAUUGUUCGUAUGAAUUCCAAUGAGGAUCAUGGAUUAGAACAUCAGUUCAGAAAAUUUUCAUCAGGAGCUCUAACUAGUAAUGUUGAACAGGUCAAAGUAGCUCAAGCUAUUUAUGAAACUGGCAGUCUAUUCAAUCAUUCUUGCCAGCCAAAAAUCCAUGUGUAUUUCCUUUCACGUACUCUCUUUAUAAGAGCGACGGAGUUUGUGGCAGCUGGAUGUCCCCUGGAGUUGUCCUAUGGUCCACAAGUAGGGCAGUGGGGCUGCAAAGAUAGGAUUAGAUUUUUGGAAGAUGAGUAUUCAUUUCGGUGUCACUGCAGUGUUUGUUCGGAACUAAAUCUGUCUGACCUUGUUUUAAAUGCUUUUCACUGUGUUAAGCAAAACUGUUCUGGCAUUGUCUUCGAUAGUUGUGUCCUCAACCAUGAAAAGCAGAAAAUUAAGCACUACCCCAGUAUUGCCAGUACGAGCAGGUUGGAGCCUCAUCUGAAGGUUGACAAUUUCAUUAAUGAUGCAAUCCAUUAUGGGGGUCAAGAUACAUUUUUGAAUAGUUUGUCUAGUGUAAAUCCUGGAUAUUGCCUCAAAUGUGGCUCUUACCGUGAUAUAGAAUCUUCUUCUGCAGCAGUAAGUAAAGCUUGGAAACCUAUCAGAAGGUUGCGGGAUGCAUUAGGCUCUGAAGAUGUCUCUGGUACCACACUUUCAGAUGCUUUGAAAUGUCUUGAUCUGCUGAGAUCAACUUUGCACGCAUAUAAUAAGAGCAUUGCAGAAGUGGAAGACAGUCUUGCACAGGCAUUUUGUUUGGCUGGAGAUACACCACGUGCAAUGGCCCAUUGUAAAGCAUCAAUUGAGAUUCUGGAAAAGCUCUACAACCCUAAUCAUAUUGUCAUUGGAUAUGAACUUGUGAAGCUGGCAUCCAUUCAGCUAUCAUCUGGUGAAAGUACAGCUGUGGACACAAUUAAUCGAGUGGGUGAAAUUUUUUCACGUUAUUAUGGAUCUCAGGCAGACAUAAUAUUUCCUUAUCUUCAAUUCCUUAGAAGACAAACCCAAAAACUUUAAAGUAAAUAGCCAUACUGUUUUGAUUUUGUUAUUUAAUCUUCUUGCUCUUUGUACAUAUAAAUCAUUUUGUAACAGGGAUAAUAUGUAAUUAUCUAUCGGAUAUGAUAUUAGAUUCAGACGUGUUCACUUUUAACUUUCUCCAUUAUAAAAAUUACUUUUUUUCUUUUUUUA